CUGCAGGCACCUCGCGCUGACUGCGCACUGGUCUGGACGCCGUGCCGUACUAAACCCCGAUGGCCAACAUUCCCGUAAACGGCCGAUGCAAUGAUACCCCGCCUAUGCACACACCACUUGUAUGAAGAAGAAAAAAAGUGGGUAAUUUUUUUCUUCCUUCCAUCUUGUCUUUCUCUGAAAACCCCAUUUCCUUUUCAAUCACAGUCUUGCCGAUUAUCCCAAUCUAUUUAUCAUCCAUGGCUGUGAUCAAUAUUGACGGCGAUACAGAGGUGAUCAUCAACGAUGUGGACAUUGACCACACCGUCUUCCGCAUCAAGAGCCGUGCCUCCUUCUCCAACAGUGCACCACGUCUUCCUUACGUAAAGAUUUUCGGUACCGGUGGUACUAUCGCCUCGAAAGGCUCCUCAUCGUCACAGACCGCGGGCUAUAAGGUCGAUUUGACCAUCGAUGACUUGGUCAGCAGCAUCCCAAACAUUUCCCAGUUCUGCAACCUCACGUAUGAACAGUUGCUCAAUCUCGACUCCAAGGACAUGAACUACACCCAUUUGCGCAUCUUGUACGACAAGGUCAUCCAUGCGCUCGAGGUAGACAGGUACGACGGGAUUGUCAUCACGCACGGGACGGACACCAUGGAGGAAACGGCGUUCUUUCUUCAGCUGACAGUCAAGACGGACAAGCCGAUUGUGCUCUGUGGUUCCAUGCGCCCAUCUACGGCAAUUUCUGCAGAUGGGCCAAUGAACUUGUACCAGGCGAUUGUCAUUGCCUCGAACCGCGAACUGUGGAACCGCGGUGUGCUCGUGGCGUUAAACGACCGUAUUGGCUCUGGUUACUACAUUACAAAAUCAAAUGCCAAUUCUCUCGACACUUUCAAGUCUAUCGGGCAGGGGUACCUCGGCAACUUUGUCAACAACGAGAUUCACUACCACUACCCACCCUCCAUGCCUUCGGGGAUCACCCAUUUCGACAUCGGAACCGAGCUGGUUCAGGAGUUGGCCGAAGUGCCAGUAUUGUACGCCCACCAGGGCUUCAACAAGCAGAUGAUUCGUAUGUGUAUCGAGCAGCUCGGCGCCCAGGGCAUUGUGUUUGCCUCCAUGGGUGCAGGCUCCAUGAGCGACGAGGUGAACGAAAUGGCGUAUGAAAUGUGGUUGGAGCACAAGGUUCCGUUCAUCUACUCCAAGAGAUCCAUGGAUGGUAUGGUUCCAAAGGCGGCGUUGCCAAAGAUCCACCAUGAGGGGAAACCUGCCUUUGAGGGGGCGAUUGCCGGAGGGUAUUUAAAUCCGCAGAAGGCGCGCCUUUUGUUGAGAAUGUCGAUGUUGGCGGGGAUGGACCUCCCGCAGAUUAAGAGAGUGUUUGAGGGGGUUUACGGAGGAUAAGCCACCUAGGUAUAAAGUAUUUACGUAUAGUAUUUCGUGUAGGUCUCGUUAACUUGUCGCACUAUUGUAGACACGGUUUUGCUCCAGAGUAAAGGCACUUUUCUUUGGUUAUGGCUGCGAUGUUUUCUGAAAGCUUGUUUGUUUUAUUUAUUGUUUUUCUCAAGUCAUUACCUUUGUCUUUUGUCUUUCUCUUAUUUAGAAUUGUUCCUCAACCCAACUCAGCUUAUGUUUUCAAAUCUCAGUUUGACAACCAUUGAUAUCUGUUUACCACCUUCUUUGUAUUUCUG